AAAAAAAAAAAAACCAAACUUCGAAAAACUCACCUCUCGGAAUCUCCGGUGACUCCUACACGGCGGCUCCUAUGAGGCCUUCAGGUUCUUACAACAGCGGAAAUAACGCUAAUCUUCCUGGAAACACCGGGAACCAACAGGUUCUUUUAGUGGCUCCGUUGAAUAGCGUACCAUACAUCGGUCCAUCUACCAACCAAGCUCCCAUGUCAGGUCGAAGGGAAAAUGACGACGCGGAAAAAGGAGGGCCGGCUAUGAUAUUUCUGCCUUCUGAAUCAGCUGCAGAGUUCACUGAACUUGCAGGCCAAACCAAAACUGGAGUUGCCCUCACGGGGAGUGCGGCCAUGGGGAAAAUCGGACCAGCCAUUGGUUUGGUGGAUAUCGCUGAAAAUGAUGACUCGUACUUCUUUCGUGUUUCGCUGCCAGGCGUAUCGAGAGAUGAAAAGGAUUUCAGCUGUGACAUCGAGCCUGAUGGCAAGAUUCUGAUAAAGGGAGUGACAAUGACGGGAGAGAAGACUGUGUGCAGAGAUUCUCAGGUUUUCAAGAUGCUGACGCAGAACCUAUGCCCGCCUGGACAUUUUACAGUCUCGUUCCAGCUUCCAGGCCCUGUGAAUAGCGAAGAAUUCGACGGCCAGUUCGGAUCGGACGGUGUUCUUGCCGGCACAGUCAAGAAGAUAUGAACAAUAACAUUGUUCAUAAGUGAAUCUUGAGCUGCAAAACCCAGAAGAUCAUAAAAAAAAAACAUAUAAGAGAGAAGUUAAAAAUUAAGAAAGAGGAGAAUCUGUUGUUUCCUUCAAGAACCCUAUUUUGUUUAUGUUAAAGUAUGAGCCAAGCGCAUAUAGGUACUCUAUAUCAUGGUUGUCGGAAAUAUCGAGAACCGGCAUCGGUCCGGGCCUCACCUGGUCGGAAAGAACUUGGGAAUGUGGACUUCCUUUUUAUCGCCAUCUCGAUUAAAACCCGUUAAAUUA